CCUACAACUGCCACAGGUACGGUUACUGAUUAAUUUGACUCCAAAAGUUUGACAAGACUCACCGCACCCAGUGGUGUUCUGCCAGCUCCAUUUCAAAUGUGCACUAAGUGCUCCCUGAGAGAAAAGAGUUUUCUACCGGUUGAACUGAACUGGAAGUUUUCUGCUCUUUGAACUGAGUGACUUCCUUAUUUAAGCUGGAAAUAUACAGGCUAAGUUCAUUGUCAUGGCACCUGGAACUGCCGGUGAGAAAUUGUCCUCAACUUUUUAAUUGCUCUUGUGUCAGAACAUCAGCUCAAAGAUACGAGAAUGUCCAGACAUCCAAACAUUUGAAGCACUGAAGAGAGAGAUGUUGGAAAAUCACAUCUGAUCCGAUCAGUUUCUGUUGAAGGCUGGAGCGGCAACAAUAACCGAAAAUGACUCAUGAGGGACAAGAAAAUCAGGGGACGGGACUGAAGGACGUUUUUGACAUAUUAGUUAAGGAGUCUCCAGAGCGACUGCUGAGCCUGACAAUCCAGUUGGGUGAGUCUCCGGAGGAUAAUAUCAUAAACGCCUUGUGUCUGAUCAUUCUCCAAAGAGAGGCACAGGCCCUGAACAAGCUCCAGAUGCUGAAGGACAACUACCUCGCAAACCAUCUGGCUGAAAGGUGGAAAAUGAGUGGAGGUAAACUGGGAGAUUUUGCAGUUCAGUGUGGUCAUUUUCAAGAGUUUACAGGAGAAUCUUUGACAUUGUUAGCGCGAAUUUUUAAAGUUUUGUCUGAGCGCAGGCUGUGUGAUCCACUUCUGAGAAAUCUGGCAUAUCAGAAAGCCCUUUCCUCUGACAGCCAAAAAACAAGCAGUAUUGAGGAUCUGGAAUAUGAUCAACUCAGAGAAGAAGCUAAAGUUGUGUGUGGGCCUCAGUUUGAAGAGUGGAGCUGCUCCUCAAGAGACCUCAAGUCAGGAUCUCAUCAUGAAACUCACAGAAGCCUGGAUGAAGGCAAGACAACUUUAAAAAUCCCUGAUAAGUCAGGGAGAGUUCAUAGUCUUCCCAGCGCUCUGCAGUCGAGCUCCUCAAUGCCCUCAUACCCUACUCAUCUAGAGAUAAGUAUACCUCCAACAGCAUCAUUUCAAGGGGACAAAAUAUCUCCAGAAACAUCAGAUAAAUCCAAACCAAACAGUUGUGUCCUCCUUGCACCUGGGCAGUCUCCAUCCUCGGAGGAGUCUCAGCCUAAAUCCAAUGAACCUACUCUGCUUGAAGCAAAGGUAGAUGCAGCAGAGUGCAAGAAGGAUGGUCAUGUUGCUCAGAAUGAAACUCCAAGCCAAAACAUCAAACCAAGCUCUGAACCAAAAUUUGCACUACCUACUGCAACAAAUAGUUUUGUGCCCAAGGUAUCCAUUCCCAAUGAAAUCCAUGAAAGUAAAGGCACAGAAGAAGAGACGUUUUACGCAUUUGUAAUCAUGCAUGCAGCAGAAGAUGCAGAUAUGGCUGAGAGCAUGAGAGAAAAACUGGAAAGGGUCACUGGUUAUCAAGGUGCAACUUUCUGUGACGACUUUGCCAUCCCCGGAAAGAGCACUCUGAGGUGUGUGGAGGAUGCUAUCAACAGCUCAGCCUAUACUAUCCUGCUGCUUACCCGCAACUUCAACACCCGCAUGGAGGAGAUGAAGACAGACUCUGCCCUUAUCAACUCCAUAACCAAGAAACACAAGUACAACACUGUGAUCCCUCUGCUGCCACAGGAGAACGCCAUGCCGAAGCAGAGCCUGCCUUUGGUUCUGCAGACGAUGAAUCCACUAGACGAGAGCAGGAAUUUUGAGAAAAAAAUAAAAAUGUUUUUGCGUCCAGCAAAGAUUGAAGAACAAAAGAGAAUCUGGGCUGAGGAGCAGAGAAUGAAAAGUCAGGUCGAGAGACAGGACGAACUAAAGCGGUUAAACCAGAGAACAAAGGAGUUGAUCCAAGAGUGUAAAAAAACACAGUCGCUGGAGAGAGAGAGCCUGGACCUUUUAAUGACACAAAAACUUGUUCUCAAUCCCAAUAUGCCACCAGGACAGGAAGGUGGUGACGGCAGAUCUAUGUGGCAACAACAGCCACAAAACAUUCAUAUUGAAAAUGCUAAAUACAUAAUGAUUGGUAAUGACUCUCAAAUGACGGUAGAUUACUGUGGAGCUACAAACAAAGAUGAUUCACUUUACUCAGAUGAGGAGCAAUAAAACUUACAGAUGAAAUUUUUUUAAAAUGACUUAUUUAGGGGUUAAUUUCUAUAUAAUGUUAUAUAGAAAUAAUGUUUUCCAAACAGACAUCACAGCUGUAAGAAACACUAUGGGGUCUUCACUGCAAUUUUUUCCAUAGUAUUUCAACCUGUUGGCCACUUAAAUGAUUUGCUAUAAAGAGAAGGUAUACAGAGCAGACCAGGGAACCCUUUAGAUGCAUAUUAAGCUGAGGACUGCCAUCUACUGACCGUGUGUGUCAGAUAUACUUUCUGACCUCUUCAGCUGUAGAAACCCAGCAUGGGCACUAGGGUGCGAUGCUGCUACACAUUCCUCAUUACUCCUCAUUGCACAUUUCACAGGAUCCUCUGAAGUGCAAUGUCAUCACUGUUCUGGUCUCACAGAGCUAAAAGAGAUUGAAUGAAAUGUGAAUUUUAAGAUAUACCAUUGAGUGUAUGUUUCAGCUAUUCAGCUACUGAUCAGUGAUCAGUUUAAGUUUUUAGUAGUUGAAACCAUCUCCAAAAUAUUAUCUUCUGUGACAACACGCGUUUAUGUCUGUGGGAUAUGAACAUCACUGGUUGCCAAUGAAAUUAUAAAAUGAUCUGUAAGAUUAUACUGAUCAAUUCAGAUUCAUGCUUAACUAAAACCUACCCACCUUGAGAUAAACUGUACCCUGAGUAUCCCAGGCAGGUUGCUUUUAAUGGUCCACACUGAAAAUGAGGAUAAGGAAUGAAAUAAACUACAUGAGGAGAUCAGGCGAAUGUCUUUAGUGCCUUCUUGAAAAACUUAAUUUUUCCGGUGUCUUUUUGAAUCUUUGUCGAUUGUUUUCUUCUUCCUCUUGUACCUCUUCUUUUACUGUUAUCUAUUCAUUUUUGGAGAAUUUUUAGGAGAAUGAUAUAGUGAGUGAUGGAAUUUUUCAGAUGGCUGCCGAUGCAUCUCUGCGAUGUGAACAACAGAACUUGUUUUCUGUUCAGUCUUUUCAAAUUCUGUUACUGAUUAUUUAAGCCAUAAUCAACAAUGGACGAAAUAUUCAAACCCUUCACCUCAGCAAUAUCUCUGUCGGAAAAUACUCCAUUAUAAAUAAAA